UCCAUUCACUUCAACUCACCCAUCAAACUCUAACACCUCACCCUAUAACAAAGUGGUUGGAUUAACUGUCCUCAAAGAAAAACUAGAAGCUCUUUUCUCUUUGUUUUCCAUUCUCUUUUUAAUGUUUCAUUAACUAGAACAAAAGUGAAGAAACAAAAGACAAUGGAGAGAAAGUUUAACAUGGUUUUGGUAUUGUUGUUUUUGUGUUUGUGUUUGUGUGUUUGUUCUGUCACAGCCUCAGUGACUUAUGAUCACAAAGCUAUUAUAAUUAAUGGACAGAGAAGAAUUUUGAUCUCUGGUUCAAUCCACUAUCCAAGAAGCACACCUCAGAUGUGGCCAGAUUUAAUUCAAAAGGCCAAAGAUGGAGGUGUUGAUGUGAUUGAAACAUAUGUGUUUUGGAAUGGACAUGAACCUUCUCCAGGAAAUUAUUACUUUGAAGAUAGGUUUGAUUUGGUUAAGUUUGUCAAAGUGGUUCAACAAGCUGGACUGUAUGUUCACUUGCGUAUCGGUCCCUAUGUUUGCGCGGAAUGGAAUUUCGGGGGAUUUCCUGUUUGGCUAAAGUAUGUACCAGGUGUUGCUUUCAGAACAGACAACGAGCCGUUCAAGGCAGCAAUGCAAAAAUUCACUGCUAAGAUUGUCAGUAUUAUGAAAGGUGAGAGAUUGUUUCAAAGCCAAGGUGGUCCAAUAAUUUUGUCUCAGAUUGAGAAUGAGUAUGGACCAGUGGAAUGGGAAAUUGGUGGUCCUGGAAAAGCUUAUACCAAAUGGGCUGCUCAAAUGGCUGUAGGUCUAGACACUGGUGUACCGUGGAUUAUGUGCAAGCAAGAAGAUGCUCCUGAUCCUAUUAUUGAUACCUGCAAUGGAUAUUACUGUGAAAACUUUUCUCCCAACAAGAACUACAAACCCAAAAUGUGGACUGAAAAUUGGACUGGCUGGUACACUGAUUUUGGUAGUGCUGUCCCUUAUCGACCAGCAGAAGACUUGGCAUUCUCAGUUGCCAGAUUCGUACAGAAUCGCGGCUCAUAUGUUAACUACUAUAUGUACCAUGGAGGAACUAAUUUUGGAAGGACAACUAGUGGCCUUUUCAUUGCCACAAGCUACGACUACGACGCUCCUAUCGAUGAAUACGGACUUAUAAAUGAACCAAAAUGGGGGCAUCUAAGAGAUUUACAUAAAGCGAUAAAGCAAUGCGAGUCAGCUUUAGUGUCCGUGGAUCCGACAGUGUCAUGGCCUGGAAAAAACCUUGAGGUGCAUCUUUACAAGACAAGCUUUGGUGCCUGUGCUGCAUUCCUUGCAAAUUACGACACCGCAUCUUGGGCAAAAGUUGCCUUUGGAAAUGGCCAUUAUGACCUACCACCUUGGUCUAUCAGUAUUCUUCCUGACUGCAAAACUGAGGUUUUCAACACUGCAAAGGUUAGUGCUCCAAAGUUCCAUAGAAAGAUGACUCCAGUAAACGGCGCGUUUAAUUGGCAGUCGUACAAUGAACAACCUGCCGCCUCCGGUGGAGAAAGUUCGAUCACAAUAAAUGCACUUUUGGAGCAGGUCAAAGUGACUCGUGAUUCGUCAGAUUAUUUGUGGUACAUGACAGAUGUCAACAUUAGUCCUAAUGAAGGUUUCUUAAAGAAUGGCCAAUCUCCUGUUCUUACCGCAAUGUCUGCCGGCCAUGUUCUGCAUGUUUUUGUUAAUGGUCAACUUUCAGGAACUGCUUAUGGAGGAUUGGAGAAUCCUAAAUUAACAUUUAGUAAUAAUGUGAAGCUAUGGGUUGGCAAUAACAAGAUUUCUCUACUUAGUGUUGCUGUCGGUCUCUCGAAUGUUGGCCUGCACUAUGAAACAUGGAAUGUUGGAGUGUUAGGCCCGGUAACAUUGAAGGGUCUAAAUGAGGGGACAAGAGACUUGUCUAAACAAAAAUGGUCUUACAAGACUGGACUGAAAGGUGAAUCCUUGAACCUUCAUACCACAACCGGAAGUUCCUCUGUUAAAUGGUCACAAGGAUCAUUUUUGUCUAAGAAACAACCUCUCACAUGGUACAAGACAACUUUCAGCGCACCGGCUGGAAACGAUCCGUUGGCUCUAGAUAUGAGUAGCAUGGGAAAGGGUGAAAUAUGGGUAAACGGUAAGAGCGUUGGCCGCCAUUGGCCGGGAUAUAUAGCACGCGGUAAUUGUGGCAGUUGUAAUUAUGCCGGAACAUUUACCGAUAAAAAAUGCCGAACAAAUUGCGGACAACCAACUCAAAAAUGGUAUCAUAUUCCUCGCUCGUGGCUAAACUCAGGCGGGAACUUCCUGGUUGUCUUGGAAGAAUGGGGCGGUGACCCUACCGGAAUUUCAUUGGUGAAACGAACAUAGAGUGUGCUCAUUUGAUUUUUUUUUUUGAAAAGAACUGCAUUUGCAAGCAAUAGUUGUCUAGUGAGUCAUGUCUAGGAAACCCAAAGGAGCUCUCAGAUAAGUCCCUAUGCAACUAUGAUCCCUCUGAUGCAGCAAAGUUCACCAAAUAAAUGUGAUUCAGUUCUUAUCAGAUUCAGUAUAUAAAGUAUUUCAAGUUCAACAUUGAUGCUCCAUGUUUCAAGGCCUAAUAAUCAACAACCUGGCCGAAAAUAAAUUAUGAUUUAUAUACAUACAAACAACAGAAAUUUGAUGCAAAGAGAAUGUAUAGUGUAUACUGUACAUAGGAAAACUAUUAUGUUGAAUAUUGUUUCAUGUAUUUAAGCCCAUCAUACACAGAAUCAUAAAAAUUUGAGAUUUGGACACACAAAAUGUGUGUGUUAAGUAUUACUAUUGUUAUACAUUUUUCCAGAACAUAUUGGACACUUCAACUGUUUUAAAGAUGAUGAUGUUUCUUA